CCCAUCGAUAUAAAGUCGGAUCUAACCAGUCAUCUUCGUCAGAGCUCCUUGGUUGCUCCCAAUCUCGAAGUAACCCUAGAAGAUAGCCGUCGCUACUCGAAUUGAAAUGGCUCCGAAGAGAGGAGGUAAGGCACCGGUCGCGGGGAAAAAGAAGACGGAGAAGGUUGUGAAUCCGUUAUUUGAGAAGAGGCCGAAGCAGUUCGGGAUUGGAGGUGCUCUACCUCCGAAGAGGGAUUUACAUCGUUUUGUCAAAUGGCCUAAGGUGGUAAGAAUUCAGAGGCAGAGGAGGAUUCUUAAGCAGCGUCUGAAGGUUCCGCCAGCUAUUAACCAGUUCACCAGGACCUUGGACAAGAAUCUUGCAACAAGCCUGUUUAAGAUGCUUUUGAAGUAUAGGCCCGAGGACAAAGCUGCCAAGAAGGAACGACUUUUGAAGAGGGCGCAAGCUGAGACUGAAGGGAAGACAAUUGAAUCCAAGAAACCAAUUGUUGUGAAAUAUGGGCUUAAUCACGUCACUUACCUCAUUGAGCAGAACAAGGCCCAAUUGGUUGUUAUUGCUCAUGAUGUUGAUCCAAUAGAACUGGUUGUUUGGCUUCCAGCAUUGUGCAGGAAGAUGGAAAUCCCCUACUGCAUAGUGAAGGGAAAGGCACGUUUGGGAACAAUUGUUCACAAGAAGACUGCUGCUGUAUUGUGCCUUACCACUGUGAAGAAUGAAGAUAAGCUCGAAUUUAGCAAAAUUUUAGAGGCUAUUAAGGCCAACUUCAAUGACAAGUUCGAUGAGAUCAGGAAAAAGUGGGGAGGCGGAAUUAUGGGUUCCAAAUCUCAGGCCAAAAGUAAGGCAAAGGAAAAGCUCCUGGCUAAAGAAGCUGCUCAGAGGAUGAGCUAGGCUGUUUUUCAACUUUUGAAAUAUGCAUUAUGGAGCUGUUUUGUUCUUUGAUCCGUAUUUUGUUAGAUUUUGAUCUCCGUUGGUGGCUGCGUAGACUAUGUUUUAUGGACCGAAGGUUUUUUUUUUCACAUACGUGUAUUAACUAUUUUAUUCUGGGGCACAAUUUUCUGUGAAUCCUACUUGCUCCUUAGAAAUAUUGCUUGAUAAGAGUUCUUGGAUCAAUGGAGAAGAGGAUACGAGCAUUCAUUUCA